AUGAGAAAUCAGUCAAUACUAAAUGAAUUCUUUCUCUCCGGAUUGUCUGACCUUCCAGCUGUUCAGAUCCCUUUAUUUCUCUUGUUCCUUCUCAUCUACCUUCUGACAUUGAUCUUCAAUUUGCUGACCAUCGUCCUCAUAGUCACUGACCCUCACCUCCAAGUUCCUAUGUAUUUCUUUGUUGGGAACCUGGCCGGUUUGGACCUCUGUUAUUCCUCAGUAACCAUCCCACGGAUAUUAUUUGACCUUCACACCAAGACAAGAAAAAUUUCCAUAGAGGCUUGCAUAACCCAAGUCUUUUUCUUUCUAUUUUUUGCUGCUUGUGAAGAUUUUUUGUUGGCUGUCAUGUCCUAUGAUCGAUAUACCGCCAUUUGUCAGCCACUACAUUACAUACAGAUCAUGAGUUGGAAAGUCUGUGUACAGUUGGUGUCCAUUGUGUAUUGUCUCAGCUUUACCCAUUCUUUGGUUCAUUCACUUAAUGCCUUAAAAUUAAUAUUUUGUGGAUCAGAUAUUAUAGAAAGCUUCUUCUGCGACCUUCCACAAUUGUUUCAGAUUUCCUGCAGUGACAUCUCCAUCAACGUUCUGCUUGUCUUCAUCUUGGGUGGCAUCCUUGGAUUUGGAGCUCUAACUCUGACCAUCAUGUCCUAUGUCUAUAUAUUCAAAGCUGUUCUUAAAAUUCAAACUAAGGGCAAUAGGAGUAAAGUUUUCUCUACUUGUAACUCUCACCUGACAUUGUUGUUUAUGAAUUAUGGCUCUUCAAUUUUCAAUUAUUUUUGGCAAAGUGCUGGUCAUCAUUUUUAUGGUGACAAAGGUGUGGCAAUCUUUUACACAGUGAUCCUUCCUUUCCUCAAUCCUUUCAUUUACAGUCUGAGGAACCAGGAUUUUAGAACAGCAUUUCAACGUGUUUUCAGAAGGAUCUUUCCACCAAAAUAG